AUGGGCUCGCCGAUUUCGGGAUUCAUUGCCGAGGCGGUCCUACAGCGGUUUGAGUCGCUGGUCUUCCAACACCACAGACCGAAAUUCUGGGCCCGGUAUGUGGACGAUACCUUCGUCGUCAUCGAAUGGGACCAGGUGCUAACGUUCAAAGAACGUCUCAACAGCGUCUUCCCGGACAUACAAUUUACUAUGGAGGAGGAAGAGAAUAACCAGCUGGCAUUCCUUGAUGUCCACGUCUGUCGCAAAGAUUGUGGUGGCCUAAAGACCAAAGUGUUCAAAAAAGCAACGAACACUACGCAAAUUCUGAACUUCAACAGUAACCACCCAAUCUGCCACAAACGCAAUUGCGUAAGAACGCUAUUUCGGUGUGUUGAGACGCACUGCAGUGAACCGGAAGACAAGGUUUUCGAAUCCCAAUAUCUUUAACGGGUUUUCCGAGAAAACGGUUACCCGCGCAACUUCGUCAACCGGUGCAUGCGCAAACGAGACGAACGACAAAAUCGCGCCGACCCCAAAUUCUGGCGAGCGAUCCCGUACAUCAAGAACGUCUCCGAGGCCGUUAGUCGCCUUCUUGCACCACUUGGGGUUGGAGUUGCGCACAGACCGGAGGCCACCAUGAGGCGUCGAGUGAUAAGACCAAAAGACCCACUGCCACGGCAAGAAACAUCUGGAGUCGUUUACCGGAUCUGGUUCAGUUGCGGGCAAAGCAACUACGUCGGAGAAACUGGAAGACUGCUCCGGACGCGAAUCGCCGAACACGUGGCAGCUGUACGGGGAAAUGACGCCAACUCUCAGGUCGCGGCCCAUUCGACGAGACCCGGCCACACAUUCAAGUUCAAUGAGGCCGAAAUUCUCGCGAGAGGGAAUGAUCGCGUGAGCCGCGAGUUGCUUGAGUCAUGGUUCACGAGACCUCAGUCUAUCAACAAGUGCAACGACAUCCCCACUCCAUAUUCUGUGCUGAGGCAUAGACUGGCCAAGGCAAUUGACCACUCGAGGAGCGCGCAAGCCGGUGAGCCAGAUGGCCGAGCAAUCAUCACGCCAGCAUCCAACACGGGUGAUGAGAUGUCAGCAAUUAACAACUUGCAUGCCAGUCAUCAAGCCAUUUGCGCACCAGUGGGCAACAAUCCUUGAUGAAGGGAGUACGGCUAAUUGCUGUAGGUAUGCGGUAGCAUGGCGACCGCAUCCUAUAAAUACUGCGACAUCCUGUACACGAGCCACCCUUUUCUGCAACUGUCCCUGAUGAUGGAUUCAAGAGAGAAUCCGAAACGCCAGGCGAAUAAAGCCAUUAUUCCAGCGAUCGCUUCUUCUUCUGAUAUAUUAUGUCUAAAUAAACAGGCAUAGGUUCAUAAAUAAGGCCAGUCUAAGCGUUUAAGUCAAGUGACCAGUUCGGUUCUCCUGCUAACGUUGAAUCGGCGAAAAAGCUCCGACCGCCAACAUACAGGACGAAGGAAAGCUUUUCGGCCUGCAUAUAUGAUGCAGCCGAAGCAGCGAAAUCAACGGAACGGUAAGAUGUGGUUAUGCAGCCGUACCUGAUGGACACAAUACUGUUAGGGGUUAAGGCUAGGGGUUAGGCCACUAUUUAUAAACCACUCAAAGUACAACCGCGCUUCCCCAAUAGCUUUUAUGUUUUUCAUACUCAUCGCCCGUGCUUUCUCCGGCCCCACCUGCAGAAACCCCUACCACCACUGGUCCCGUAUUACAGGCAACUGGUUUUUGUUCACCUCAGGUGCGAAUACAUAAUUGCAUCUGACAAAAUGAACCAUUAAAGAUAAAGCAAGACAGAACUAUUAACAAAAGGAUAUAAGACGACGCAGAAACGUUUAAUCCAGGUGUCGUGCGGGUGACCGUGUUCGGGGCAGGACAAAAGACAGUCUUCUGAAUGUUGUGACACUUAUUCUUUGACUGUUCGAAACCGCUUCACAACCGUUUGAUCAGGGGAUCAAAACAGCCCCGUGGAACAGAUUGCAGAUGUUGGUAGUCCACUUCGUAGUAUGUUUCACGCAGUGAGACGCAAAUAUAACCACUUUCGGCGGCUUUUGUGACUAUUAUGCUUCCUCAUCUCCUCCAACGUGUGGCUAAUGUAGGCAGUAGUACAUUUGAGCCAACUAUUUUGCGACCUCAGUGGUUUUCCGGCAACGAUGAAAUAUGUAGGUCAUAAUUCGCAUCUACAGAUUGCGCGGUCCCUCCCGAUACAAACAAACACACAAACAAAUGACAGAAAUGUGAGUCUUCACGAUGCCUUCAGCAGAUUCUGUUUAUUACUUCAUCCAUCUGCUCUGCUGAUAAAACCAAACAUCCUUGUCUUAUUACAACAGUCUCUGGGCUUUAUUUUCCCAGUGAACUUACAUAUGCAGUCUUCGUCGUUUUUCCACUAUAACCAUUGAUAUGCUUCUGUUGGAGAAAACCUUUAAUAAAGACAUCAUUUGCAACAAACGGAUUUCAUGAAAGAGGGCUUUAAUGAAGGAUUUCUUUAAAGUAUACUUGAAUUCAUAAAGUCUUCAAAUGGAAUAAGAGAACGACGUAGACAUCUGCAUAAAUGGGUUCUCUCAUGUCUUUGACGUGCCCAAUAACCGAAAGCCCCAAGUGCAAAUUCAUGACGUUCAGCGUUCAGCGUCUCGUUUGAGCAAAAUAUUUACCUUGUUCUGAGCAAAAAUCACGCCAUUCUGCGCCAGUACUAAUACAGACUGACAGAAUCAGAACCGAUUUGAGCGAAAAAAACGGUUUCUGGGGGGGGAUGCAGUUGGAAAUGAGGAAACUCGAUCGCAAGAAUGUAAGUGUUAUUUGCCAAAAGUUUUUGCAUUCACUCUCUCCUGCUGCUCUUCCUGAGCAUUUGCGUUUGUAUGUGAAUCUGAAACAUCGGGCGAAUAAAAUCCUUGCUCCAGAAAUCAAAAAUUUUUCUCAGAAGUAGGGUUUGUCAAGUACACAACAGUUAAACUUUAGUUUUGCAAAACUGUAAGUCACUUUUACCGAUAAUAUUCCAAAAGCAGGUAGCCUUUCCUGUCCAUAUCUCACUUUCUCUUGAAAUGUUUCGCAACAAUCUGCAUAAAGGAUGCGGUUUUGUUUAAAAUUAAAAAAAACAAGACUGUUAUCUGCGGGUUCUCAAACUUACAUCAGUUAGACUGUGAAAGCAUUGGCUUUUAGAUGAAACUGUGAUCGGUGAGGGUUACGAAAUGGUCAGGAACGAUGUUGUUUUACAAUUAUUAUGUCAGUAAUCGCAAAACGUUUUAAAUCUGCUACGAUUUUUCUUCAGCAAACGGCCUCACCAGUCAGACUUGCAGUGCGUCACGCGGCCACUAGCCAGGGAAAUUUCAGAAUCUACGACUUGUGACUGAAAUACGCUCUUUGUUAAAAACACUCAAUAUUAUUUUUAAUGUCUUUUUCUUUCUUUGAAGUUUAACCGUUGAUUUUCGAAUUAUCGAUGGAUGCAUUCGGGGCCAGCGUCUAGAUUAUCCAAGGGUAUAUAGACUCUUUGCAUGUUUCAGAAAACGGAAAUAGUUUUUAUGCCAGUCUGGGGAGAGAGGGGUGUGAAAUAUUGUUGCUAUUGCGAACCCAGAAAAUUAUCUAUCUCAAACUGGCAAUCCCAGAAUUUACCCCAGAUCGGCAGAAAGCAUUUGGUCGUCACUUAUCGCGGAGUAGGAAACUAUGCAAACUACAAGCUCUUCACUAAAUACGAGUCGAAACAGUGAUUUAGAACAGUCGGCAGGCCAUAAAAGGAGAUCAAUUGAAUUCCCGCUGUUAUCUCCUUCCCGACUAUUUUAAGCCUUCUGACCUAGGAUUCCCCUAAUCCCUGUUUAAGGCUCUAAUUGCAAGAGAGAAUGAAAGUUGUAGCAGAUUGUGGCCUCGAAUUUGAUAGAAUUUUCGGCGUGAUCGUCAUGCAGGGUGACUGUAUUGCUUCGGAUCUUCUGAUACUUCAUAAAAAAAGAAAGUUUAGCACUUUUGAAAGGAGAUCAGUGCGAGGUUGGACCGUCAUGCAACCGCUUUUUUCUGAUUGCAAAGUAGAGUCCAGAAAUUCCCAAUCCCACACAAAACUACAUCCCGGUUUCGACACGGGUGCCUCCCUGAGAGACUAUGUGCCGUUCAGACCACACACGCACACAAAUGAACGAACGGAUCAGUCUCGAAAGUCCCAUCUGGCCUGCGCUGUGUGCUGCUACAAGCGGGUCUCAAUCCACGUCAAUCGAAUUCCCUCCAUGUCAUUAAAUUUAUGGAUUAUCUAUUUUUAUCGAUAUUCUCAAAGGCUAGAAUCCAAACUACACUAAAGCUGCACUUAAGACUUGGACAUAUCUCUCGCGGUUUAAACCUUAAUGUAUUCGACGUUUGCAAAGUGAAAGCCAAGACCUCGCUUGGGGUUCCAUUCACUGAAAGCAUUGCCUUGUUUUUUUAUAUCCCCGGAAUCUGGAGUUCAUUUGUAAUAUACCCUUAUACUUCAAAAUGUCUAAACGUCAGGGAAUGCGUUUAUAUUAAUUUCUCUCUAGAGGGCUUCUGGAGUGAACUCAGGGAAAAGUACGGCCUGCUUGUGAAAAGAAGAUUUUUGGCCGUCUCUGGAGGACAGAUUAAACGAUAUCAAUGUUGAUUAUUUAAAUUUUUUUCUUUUUAGAGUUGGAAAGAGUGUUUGUCAUUUGCUGCUUCCACAUUAGUUUAUGCUUCAUUAUUCUUCCGUCUCGUUUACCCAGCUAAGCAUCUUUCGUCAAGGUUUCCAGUUUUCUCGAAAAUAGGCCGUUCCAAAUUAAGUGUAUCUUAUUAAAGCCUUUUUUGAGCAUGACGUUAAACGAUCCCAUACAUUUAUUUGCUAAAUGAGGUUGAAAAAUCGUUGUGGAUAUCUUGGAUGGCGAACUACGGGUUUGGGGCUCUGGGAUAGUAUUUCAGGAUCCUGCUCCUAAUUUCGUUCACAGAUGGACUGCCAGUGAGGUCGCAAACGAUCGUGCCCCAGAGAACCAUGCCUCGAACAAGUACAAGUAGCCGUCGAUGACACUUGAAGAAAAAUCACGGUUUAAGGCAGUAGCAUUUGAUCACUAAAGCAAAAGUCUAGUCCGCUAAAAUCAGUAAUCGAAAACGCACGUCCAAGAGUUAGACGUUUCCUCAAAAAGUCCCAUUUAUAAAGAUUGGUCGGUACGACAAACUUCGGACAAUCUAGUAACGAAAUAGGAAAUGAUAGUAUGUGUAGAUAAUAACAAGUCACGUUUGGAUGCUACCCCCUCAUCCAACCUAAUUGAGGAGGGGAAGGAGAUAGAGGCGAUUCCAUGUUCUACUUGCGUUGCGCAUAACGAGAAACAGCAAGUAUUCAGACCGUGCUACCGAUACCGUUUCUGAUUAACAUAUUGCCAACGGCCGACUACAAAUAACUCCGGACCCCGAGUAACCUUUAAUCAUGUAAUAUUAAAUAAGUCAUCCCUGCACUGAGUCACGACCCUCUCGCCUUGUAAAUUGCCACGGGAAAUUACUGUGGAAUACUUUUUUAAGAGCCAUUCCCGUUCUACGCCGAUAGGUAGACGAAAUAUGCAUUGUUCCGUUUUAUCGUAGGGCGCUGAACUAGCUACGUUCAGUCCCCAAUCGAAAUAUCAUUCACAGAGCAGUUCUCUUAUGCAUGAAAGCAGGAACCUGACUAUUUUUUUCUCUUUAGUAAAUUGGAUCUGUUGUUUGGCCGUAGGGCUCGAUGGGAUUCCCAGUGGCAACAAGUACAUGCUUUAUGGGGCAACUGACGAUUUAUGGUAGCUGCCGCUUGUUUCUAGACUACAGUGCUUGAAGGGCUGUUUGUCGAAAAUAUGUAUUGAUCAGACGCAAUGACACUGCAUUUUACCCCCAAAUAUUCCCAACUGUCUCUCUCUCCUCUUGCUCCCUAAGUAUUGGCGACAGAUGCAAGGGAGGCGCAAGCUAACGGCAAUAGUCUCAUCAGCGAACGGGUAUGACAGGCAAUCCAGGCUGAAUGUAAAAUUUUAUGUUUCGAAAAGGUGGAAAUCUAAAGACCGCCGAAAUAUUUGUAGAGAAUGCAUAUUCAUAUUGACGCAACUGUUAAAAACUCUGAGACUCGGUGGGAUUCGAACCCACGCAGUAAGGCGAAGCUCUAACCACUUGAGCUACGAGGCCCGGCCGGACCCAAAUGUAAUUAAACUCGCGUCGUCCGGCGGGGUCUCGUAGCUCAGGUGGUUAGAGCGUUGGCUGUACUCAAACCUUCCCCUUACUGCGUGGUUUCGAAUCCCACCGAGGCAUCUAGUUUUUCACAGUUGGGUUAAUAUGAAUUAUUUUAAAAUCUGUCAAAAAUCUAUGAAUUACGUGAGCCUGGUGGUCAUCUGGUGGAGUCUAGGUGAAUUACUUGGGAAAUUCUGCUUGGGCAGUCAGCUUCCUGUAUCAGAUUUGGUUAGUCCAGACGUUGCAGUAGGUUGGAUGGGUAAACUUGACCCAAAUGUGAUUAAAAUCGCGUCGCCCGGCGGGGCCUCGUAGCUCAGGUGGUUAGAGCGUUGGUUGUACUAAUGCCUUCUCCUUACUGCGUGGGUUCGAAUCCCACCGAGGCGUCAAGUAUUUCACAGUUGGGUCAAUAUGAAUUAUUUAAAAAUCGGCCAAAAAAUCUAGAAUGCAUACUAUUGUGUACAAAUUUUUCUCCCAAAAGCUUAUUUGCGGUAAACCCAUCUGCGUUUAGUUUUUUGGCACAUGAAAACGCAUAGAGGAGGUAAAACCUCAGUGCAAACAAAGGAGACAUACAGUAGAUGUGCUAACUCAUUAAAUGUCAACCAAAUUUUCGAAAUGCGUUCUCGUUUCGAAAAGAUAAAUUAAGAAGUGUUGUAAAACUAAUCAUGAUGCAGCAUAAAUCUAUAAUGAUCCAGUUACCCCAGUGUGUCCGCUUUCGAAAGAUCUUAUUUUCGGUUGCAUGCAAGAUCCAUACUCUGCAAAAAAUGACUACUUAAGUAGCAUGACAUUUUAUCAUUGAUUUUCGAUGCCCUUGAAAAUUCAAUUAUAUUUCAUGGAAAACAUGCGUAAAAGUAUUCAUUCUUUUACUUAUUCGGUAGAAAAUCACGUCUUCUUCCAAUUUCAUACUCAAAAGAAGAGUAUAAUUCGGUUUUAAAAAAGUUUCUAAUUGUGAGAUUUUUUAAUACCGUUAAAUGGCCGUUCAUGAAACGUCAUGUAUCUGCAUUCACGAAUGUGGCUUGUAAAGUUAACAAUAUUGCUCAAAUCCACUGCCUAAUUUUAUGAACCUCAUAUGGUCUCCUCUUAACACCGUAGAGAAAUGCAUGGUUUUCCUUGCACGGAAAACAUACAGCUUGGCGUUUUGAAACCCUGAAUGCAAGUGUAACAGCAGGUCGGGUUAGAAAUUAUUCGUGAAUUAGAAAAGAUUUUUAAAACCGAAUUAUACUCUUUUUUCAGUAUGAAAUUGGAAGAAGACGUGAUUUUCUACCGAAUAAGUAAAAAAAUGAAUAUUUUAUGCAUGUUUUCCAUGAAAUAUAAUUGAAUUCUAAAAAGCAUCGAAAAUUAAUGAGAAAAUUGCAUACUACUUAAGUAGUCAUUUUUUGCAGAGUAUGGAUCUUGCAUGCAGCCGAAAAUAAGUUCUUUCGAAUGCCGACACCCUGAGGUAACUGAAUCAUUACAGAUUUAUGCUGUAUCAUGAUAAGUUUUACAUCACUACUUAAUUUAUCUUUUCGAAACGAGAACGCAUUUCGAAAUGUUGGCUGACAUUUCAUGAGUUAGCCCAUCCACUGUAAGUUCGCGGCUUAGAUCCAGAUCUUUCGUAUCGCGUCACUUGGCCUCAUACAUUGAAGCUGUACUGUCGUCUUCAGUCUGCAUGAAACUCCUGUCCCGGUCGACGCCUCCCGAGACGUUAUUGGCACGGCAGGAGCUCGCCAACUUCACCAAAAAAUGCAUGCAAAAAACGGGGAAGCCAAUGCACACCGAACCGGAAUUGUGGCAGUUGGAUUCUAGUUAAAUGAAUAUCUCGAGCAUCCUAGUCGGUCUCCUAUGUGCACUGUUGUCAGCGUUUGGUUUUCAGGUAGACGAUAAAUACAAAUGUCUCGUAGGGGAGGUCGAUGCCCACCCUGUUUCUACAUCGCGAGUCGUAAAUCCAGGAGGGUUGACUGCUCCUGAUUUUUAAGAUAUUCAACCUUCUCCAGCAAUUCGGACUCGGUCCCAACCUGUCCUCAUUGCGAUCGCACGUUCGCCUCACACAUCGGCCAGGUCGGUCACUUGCAAAUCCACCGCAGGGAAACUGGUGCACCAGUGCUUGAAACACCCACAUACACCAGACGCACUCGCCUCCACCUCCCGCGUUGCCCUCGCACAUUCAGUCACCGCAUGAGUCUACUAGUUCACAUGUGCAUUCGUGAAAACCUGCGGUGGACCACCACCGUCGGCCACAGCAUACCAUCACAGCAGCACCUACGACACACAUCAAAAUCACCCAUCACCGUUCAACGUGAACACGCUCACGUAAGCGGGAAGUGUGUUUUGUUGGGUCCUUCUCCAUGUUGUCCACCUGCUGCAUGUACGAUGUGAGCCUGAGUCUGUUACGGUGCGCCAAGCGCCAUGGCUUGGAAAGUUGUUGACUGACACCUCAACUCAGUCCGCGCAGUCAGCCCAGUUGUUUGUGUGGACUGGCAGACUCCAUCUCCCACGCACGUUAGAAGCGUGCGUCUCGACUCCUCCAUAUGCGGCCCCCCAGCUGCAUGUGUGAUAGGAGUUUGAGACUGUCACGGUGCGUCAAGCGCCGUGGCUCGGACGGGAGCCGACUAUCGUCCCAACUCAGUUUACGCAGUCCGUCCGGUUGUGUGUGUGUGGGUGUUUGUGUGGAGUGUGCCCUCUAAACGGGCCACGUGUUAGAUGCGCUGGACCAAAACGGGGCCACAUCCGACUCUGGCAGGCGUUAUCUGUGCGUUAUAACAAAUGCCAACAUUUGCGGGGUGCGCUGGCGGACCCUGUUGUCGGCAUUCGUCGCACAACUGGACCACUGCCACCACCCCAUUGUUUUGUGGUCAAAAUCCUGGUCAUUUGUGUGUGGAUCAGGGGGUGCGGAGUGGAGCGCCAAGGCGAGGAUCCGUCCGAGCCAUCCACCUGCGGCCUCUCCCGUCUCCGGUCUUCUUGACUCUGUCUUGACACCGGGCUCAGGCGGGGGAGGAGGAAAGAGUGUAGGUAGAUGCAGCGCAAGUCUACCGGCAUUAUAAACCCCUUCGCAAGUCACCGUCCCUGCUCUCACAAUGCAGUCUGUGGGGCACACGGUGGACAUCGUCGAAAUCGACGGUCGAACUGUCGUUUGUGUCGAGUGCUGGACUGAGACCCAGGCUGAAGCGGCUCCUUCUCCAGCGAUCUGUGACACUCUCAUGUAUAUGAGGAGUGGGUGUGUGUAUAUUCUAUGGGUAGCGCCUCUCAGUCGAUGACUGUUUGGUUACCUAACCUUGAAUGUUGACGGCCCAGGCUAUAUGCAGGAUCACGUGCCGCCCUUCUAGGUCAAAAGGUCUGUAAGCGUGUGCUAUGCCAGUAUCAGCGAAGCAUGACCCUCGCAGCCUGGUGUACGCGGGCAGUGCUCUGACACCUGAUUUCCAGCCGAUAGAUGCGCCCGCGCAUGGUGGUCCAGUCAUCCUCGUAUUUCUGACCCACUGUGGUGAUGUUGUUGUUUAAAAUCUUGGUCAAGUGUUUGUUGUGGACCAGAGGGUGUGAAGUGGAGCGCCCGGGGCGCGGAUCCGGCCGUGCCAGCCACCUGUGCCCCCUCCCGCCUCUGGUCUUCUUAACUACGCCUUGACAUCGGGUCCAGAUGGGGAAGGAGGAGAGGGUGCGGUAGGCGCUUCGCAAGCCUGCUAUCACUAUAAUCUAACUCACGCACAAGUCACCGUCCUUGUCCUCAACCUAUUGUGAGCACACGAUGGACACCGUCGGGCUCGACGGUUUAACUGUCCCAUGCCUGCAAGGUAUCCGCUAGCAUAGCGCCCUCAUUUGGUUGAUUCUGUGCCUCUCUGGCUAAAAAAUUCGGUCCCAAGAUAACAGGAACUGAUAAUUAAUCUAUCUUUUUUCACUGUACACUGUGGUAAAGUAUGAAUUUAUGAACCCUGAUCCGAUCAUCUUUGCCCUGCAAUGUCGAAGUAUUUCGUCAGUGCGGGCUGAAAAAUUCGGCCUAUCACGUACUAAAACAGAAUUGAUGUAAAUGCACAGCGGAGGCGGGAAGUGACGUCGAAGUUUCCAUUCUUUCUACUUUUCGCAGACAUUCCGGUAAUUUUUCUGUGAGAGAAGGCUCAAAUAAACUGAAGCAGCUUUGGUUGCAUGCCCCCUGGUGGCAUGACCAACCUCAGCCUAUCCCAAAGAACAGAAUUAAGCGAAGUGGUAGCAUUCAUAGAACGGACUGUUGUGGGGCAGUGCGGGUUCCAGUGAAGUGGAACCUAAACUGUCAACACUUGCAUGAUAAAACUGCAGAAAAACGACGAUAUACACGUCUGGGUUUGUAAUUAUCGGUAGCAGGGGCCCGCACAACAGACAGUGUUGAGAUGAACCAAUAGGAUGCUAGAAUAGCUCAUGAUACGUGGUUAUUGGACUGCAUUGAGUCUUCACGUAAUCGAUGCGAUGGUGGCUUGUCAGUCCGCGUCCGAGUCGACGGGACCAGGCCAUAUUUUCCAGUUUUAAGAGGCCGAAAUCCUCGCAAGGGGUGACAACCGCGUGAGCCGCGAGCUGCUCCAGUCAUGGUUCUCAGGCCCGCAAUCCAUCAACAAGCGCAAUGACCUCCCGUUACCAUAUUCCGUGCUGAGAUUUCCCCUAAACAGGGCAAUCAGUCACGUGGGGAGGGCGCUGGCGAGCAAUUAUUCCAGUGACAGGGAGCCCAUUUGCCGAGAAAUCGUUACACCAGCAUCCUGCACGGCCAUUAGCGACUCGGACGCGGACUGACAAACCACCAUCGCAUCAAUUACGACCCCAGCGGUGAUUGCUAGAGCUGUUAAUUACAGUGCGCAUAUGUUACCACGGCGGCCACGUGCUAUAAAUACUGCACUCCUUGUGCCACCAUUAUCCUUGUCUGCGACUUUCUCUGAUAAUGGAUUCGAGUGAGAAUCCGAAACGUCAGGCAAAUAAAUUUCUUGUUCCGGUGAUCGCAUCUUCAUCUUCUGAGUUCUGCUCCCAUUGAAAAUUCUGCUCCGUAAGGACACCGAAACGCGAAGAAAUACGUGACGAUGGAUAUUUCUGCUGCGAUAUUGCUAAACAACUAAAAUGUCAAUCAAAGUAUGGUCGGCAAAGUUGAUCAUUACAGUAUCUCAGCUUUCUGACAGUUGAUCCAGACACCACAGUCAUAUCGACGACCCAGUCCUUAGAGAAACCUGAAGUGGUAGUUCUUCUGCCGCAGGAGUCCAUGCUAUAUUUUGACAUUUCGUUCAUUUUAAUUUGUGCUCCCCAGAAUCUGGCAGUCCUGACCAUCGAACAGCACUUCAGUAACUACUACCGUGCAGCAUGUCCCAAAUCUCCAACUUCCGAGGUUCUUUCUCAGAACGUAUCAUCUGGUGGCAAAGUCUACGAGCAGAUAGAAGGUACUCCAGUUGGUUCGCCGGUGUUUGAACUCACAGUCGCAGCAGUCUUGCAAAGGCUGGAAUCAUGCGUCUUCUAACCCCACGGAUCGAAAUUGUUGGCCUGAAAUGAGAAUGAUACCUUCGGGUUCAUCGGACAGGAUCAGUUGUUGACAACAGAUGAAUGUUUUAAUGCCAUCUUGCAGGACGUUGAAGGGGGGAAGACAACCAGCAGAUAACUACCAGCGUGACUUGGUCGUCCGAUGUAGGCAAAAAAAUGACAAUCAAAAGAAAUCUUUCCGAGCGCCCUCACGCAUCAGCUAGUAGUCUUCAGCAGCCUUCUCAUGCUUGUCCGAUUUGGGCAACCGUCAGACGCCAGCUAGUAAGGCUGGAAGACGCACUAUCACGACAGAAACUCCCCCCCCCCCAGUUUUUAAUCGGAUUUGGUUUGAUUACCUUCAGACAGAAAUGUCAAUAAGUUGAAGGAACUGCGUUGGACGCGGGUGCCUGAACACGAAGUACCGGCAAGGAGGGAUUCUCCAUCUCUCAUGUCGCAGCUUAUUCGACGGGACCCAGCCACACCCUCGAGCUGAAUGAGGCCUGAAGUCUCGCGAGAAGUAGCAACCGCAUGAGUCAUUUACCGCCUGAGUCAUGGUCUCGGCGACCCACAACACGUAGGCGAACGCUCUCCGUUCUGUUCAUAGAAUUUGUCAGAACAGAGUACUUACCCAAGUGAGAAGCAUGCAAAUGGGAAUAGAUCGCUGAAAGUUUGUCACACCAACCAUUAACGCACUGAUGACAACUGUGGACUUGGCUGCUCGCGGCCGAGCCAUCUUCAUACGACAUAGGAAUAUCUGUGGUGAAUUCGUGGAAUCCUUGCUUAGCAGGUGCUUGAUGACACAGAUUUAGAAAAGGAUCAACUUCUUUCCAGUGGCUGUGAUUAGUAUGCCACAUUCAGGCUCUUCGUAGGCAACUUAUUUGCCGAGACUUACGAAUACGAAGAGAAAUCCUCAUUUCUGAUUUUGAGUCAACCGAGCCUUCAGGUGUUUUCUACUAAAGGAACACGGGAAAAUUCUACAUUUUUUGUCCUUAAAGGUUUUUUUUCAAGCCUGCUCAAUGGACCUAAACAAUGUUUUGUUGUAUCCUGUGAUAAACCUGCAAUCAUUAUUACGCGGGUCAAACUUAACGCAUGCUCGAGUCGCGCAUAUACGAGCAUAAGCUGGCUGCGCGACGGGGUGACUAAUAAUCAUAAGUGGCUGACCACACCUUCGAAGAGGGGCGCGAAUUUGACUUCGCAGCCACCAAAGCAAUCGCCAACGUCGAAAACAAAAAAAAGCGAAAAUUGAUUGAAGCCUGGGUCUCGGAGGAGGAGGAGGAGUCAGUCCGUCGACGUAUCAGCCUGCCGAAUUACAGAGCCCUGCGCAGUCACCUCCAGACCUGCUUAGCCGACUACUGA